AUAUAUAAUAGGUCUAUGGAUUUAUGUAUUUCCGAUAAUAUUUUUUAAUAUAUAAUUAUAUUUAUAUUUUAUGAAUUAUAUGUAAUUGGAUAUCCAUAACUAUUAUAAACUUAUCUCUCUCUCAAAUACAAAUGCCAAGAAAGAGAUUCAAAUUUUUUGAUAAGCAUACAAAAAGCCCUUAAUUUUUCUUUUAAAUGCGUUUGUCCUACUUACAGUAUCAGUCCUCUUGCCUAUUAUAAUUCAUAUGAGCGUGUAGUAGCAUAUGGUGUAUAUACGACUAGCUAUAGCAGAAGGUACUACAAAAAUAAUAUAUAAUUCAAGUAUCACAGCAAGCAAAGAAGCUCCACAUAUGCAAUUCUUUUCUUGGCCAUCGAUUCACCAUUAUUACUUUGGCCAUGAGCUUUCUUGGAAAUGAUCCCUUCUCUCAGAUGCCUUUACAAGAUUUCCUGAUCAAGAAAUUACUUCUCAGCCAUAACCCUGAUGGUCGUCGUCUUGAUUCUGAGCUUUUGCUUCUUGCCGUGGAAAAUGUCAUCUUUUAUGCCACCAAAACAUCUCAAGUUCCGGAUCUUCAUCUUUAUCCCAAUGCCAAGAGUGAAAUAAGAAAAAUUGAAGUAUUUGGAUCCGAUGAACCACUUGGAUCCACCAUUAAUAAGAUUUCACACCAGAUAUUUUGCGAGUCCUCAGGGAGAGAUGAUCAAAAUCAACAUGGAAAAACUAUGUCUUUGUUUGAUUUGUUGGGAAACUAUAGAUGGGAUGAUAAAGCAAUUUUAGUUCUUGCAGCUUUUGCAAUAAAAUACGGUGAAAUUUGGUUACGAAUGCAACUGUGUCGUCGUGACAACUCAAUGGUAGUAAAAACAUUGCCUACAGACUUGAACCGAUUGCUUAUGGAACCUCAGUUUAAGGCUUUCAGUUCAUUGAUUAAGAUAACAUUAGAAGUAAUAAAGAUCGUCAUCAAUUAUGAAGGUUUGCCACUUUCACAAGUAGAUUUGGAUGAUCAUGGUGAUGAUGAUGGAACAAAGAAAACAAAGUAUCAAAUAUGCAUAGCUGUUUACUGGAUCAUCAGAAGCGUCUUGGCAUUCUCUUCUGGGAUCAUCACAGAUUUGACUCCAUACGUGAAAACUGAGCAAGUGUACUCAGAUUCAAGAAUACUUACAACAUGGGAGCUGUCAAGUUUGGCCUAUCAGUUGAGUGGAAUGUAUAAUCACCUCAGGAAUCAGGUGGAAAAAUAUCUUCAACAAACAGAGACAAAACUGUAUCAAAAGCUGUUGAAUAUCUUUAAGAAGACUCAUGUUGAAAACCAAGAAGUUCUUCGCUGGUUAUUUGCAAUCAGAGAUGACUUUCCACUUUUGGACUGUCCCACACAAGCAAAGUUUGGUGUUCCUCAACUGAGAAGCAAGGUAGUGAUACUCUUGAUCUCAAAGCCAGACCUCCACCACCACAUAGAGGAAUCUCUCUUUCUAGUUCAGCAGACUCAGGACCACCCUUACAACAAAACUAUACAGGAAAGUUACAAAAUUGUGUGGAUUCCUAUUCCAGCUUCCAACCUCUGGACUGAUGCAGAACUAAGAAGUUUCCAAGUUCUGUCACAUUCUUUGCCAUGGUUUUCAAUAAGGCCUCCACAGUCCCUUUCCUCUGCAGUGGUCAAGUUUGUGAAACUAAAUUGGAACUACAAAGACGACCCAAUUAUGGUCGUCUUAGAUCCAAAUGGAACAGUCACAAACUAUAAUGCAAUCGAUAUGGUGUAUAUCUGGGGUGCCAGAGCAUACCCAUUUUCAUCUUCAAGAGAGAUUGAUCUUUGGCAAGAAGAAAAAUGGACAAUGCAAUUUUUAGUGGAUGAAAUUGACACUUUGCUUACUACCUGGGUAGAACAAGGAAGAAAUCUCUGCAUCUAUGGAAGCAAAAACAAAGAUUGGAUUCGAGAAUUCAAUUCAAAGAUGAAGGAGAUGAAAGAGACUGCAGGGUUGGAGCUUGAGAUGGUAUAUGUUGGUAGCAGAAACCCAAGCAAUAAAAAUGUAAAGAACAUUUUAGCCAUGGAUGAAAAUGGAAAGCUAAGAACUACAUUGUCUUUAACCCAAAUGAGAUUUUUCUGGAUCCGAUUGGAAAGUAUAAGAAAAUCAAAACUCCGGAUUGGAAACAGUAUCGAAACAGAUCAGAUUCUAAGAGAGGUCUCUGCAGUGUUAGAUAUCAGUGACAGUGAAAGUCUGGGAUGGGCUGUAAUGGGAAGAGGAAAGUCUACCAUGGACAUUUUAAGAAUUGAAAGCAUGAAGAUCAUGGAAUGCUUGAACAAGUUUCCAAGUUGGGGUCAAAAUAUUGUGAAGGUGGGAUUUCUAGGUGCCAUUAGAAAUUUUCUUGAACCCCAAACAGUUGUAGUUGAUAAGCCUUGUGAAGACUUUGGUGUGUCCGUACCUUACAGUGGAGAAGUAAUCGAAGAAAUGGUAGUUUGCGAAAAAUGUAAGCAUCCAAUGAAGAAGUUUGUCAGCUAUGAACCAUAUGACCAGAGGGUAUAGGUCAAUAUUCUACUUGUAAUGUAUUGCUUUUUAGUUAUUGGCACAGAAAUACUGACACUAAAAACUAUGCUAUAAGGAUGAACUUUGUUACCCUUUAAUAUGCCUGAUUGUUCAAAACUGUUUGUAACUUAUGAUUUCCUAUGGGAUAAGCUAAUGAUAAUGGUCAUAUUCCUUUAAA